GGUUUCUCUGCAGCUUUGGAACUUAUCGUGGAACGCUCUACAAACAAGGCUGCUCUUGAACUCACAAAUAUUCAUCUGUCUGCCUCCCGAAUACUGGAACUAAAGGCAAGCAACACCACCGCCUGGCUUACAUAAAGUAUUCUUGCAAAUUCUUCCCUGAAAUCUCCAACGAGAUGCCUUUGCCUAUAUCUUGUGUAGAAUGUACUGGAAUGGCUGAAUUGAAGAAUCUUGGUCCUUGACAAUGUUGUAGGAGGAGCAGGACAGCAUGUUGGGCUCCGGCUUCAAAGCUGAGCGCUUACGAGUCAAUUUGAGAUUAGUCAUAAAUCGUCUUAAACUGUUGGAGAAAAAAAAAACGGAACUGGCUCAGAAAGCAAGGAAGGAGAUUGCUGACUAUCUGGCUGCUGGAAAGGAUGAGCGAGCACGAAUCCGUGUGGAGCACAUUAUCCGGGAGGACUACCUUGUGGAGGCCAUGGAGAUCCUGGAGCUGUACUGUGACCUGCUGCUGGCUCGGUUUGGCCUUAUCCAGUCUAUGAAGGAGCUAGAUUCCGGUCUGGCUGAAUCUGUGUCUACACUGAUCUGGGCUGCUCCUCGGCUUCAGUCAGAAGUGGCUGAGUUGAAAAUAGUUGCUGAUCAGCUCUGUGCUAAAUACAGCAAGGAAUAUGGCAAGUUGUGCAGGACCAACCAGAUUGGGACUGUGAAUGAUAGGCUAAUGCACAAACUGAGUGUUGAAGCUCCACCCAAAAUCCUAGUGGAGAGAUACCUGAUUGAAAUUGCCAAGAAUUACAAUGUACCCUAUGAACCUGACUCUGUGGUCAUGGCAGAAGCUCCUACUGGGGUGGAGACAGACCUUAUUGAUGUUGGAUUUACAGAUGAUGUGAAGAAAGGUGGUCCUGGAAGAGGAGGAGGGGGCGGGUUCACAGCCCCUGUUGGUGGACCUGAUGGAACAGUGCCAAUGCCCAUGCCCAUGCCUAUGCCUAUGCCUAUGCCAUCUCCAAAUGCUCCCUUCUCAUAUCCACUGCCAAAGGGACCAUCGGAUUUCAGUGGAUUGCCAGUGGGGACUUACCAGGCCUUCCCUAACAUUCACCCACCUCAGAUACCAGCAACUCCCCCAUCGUAUGAAUCUGUUGAUGACAUUAAUGGUGAUAAAAAUAUUUCUUCUGCACAGAUUGUUGGACCCAAGCCAGAAGCUCCUGCAAAGCCCCCUUCCAGACCGAUGGAUAAUUACAACAACUUUGUACUGCCAGAGUUGCCGUCUGUGCCAGACACACUCCCAACGGCAUCUGCUGGAGCCAGUACCUCUGCAUCAGAGGACAUAGACUUUGAUGAUCUUUCCCGGAGAUUUGAGGAACUGAAAAAGAAAACAUAGGUCUCUUAAAAGCAGGCAACAUCCACAUUCUGGAAGUUGAGACUGUGCGGUUCUUCCUUGUAACAGUGAAUCUCCAUGAAAUUCCGUUUCAUCUGUUAACAUCACUGAGCACUCUUCCUUGGGGCUCUUGCUGCUCUACCGAUUGUGUUGCUUUCCAGUUCUCUAGUGAUACUGAGAGACUAACAGCUGGGGACUCUAGCUGGCUUCUGGUGGCUGUGUUUGCCUGUCUUUCUGUCACAUGGAUCCUAGGUUCUCUCCUGGCCAUUCCAUUCCCCAAGGAGUGAGAAGAGAAGUAUUGUGGGUAGAGUUGCCAAAGAUGGCUGGACCAUGGAAGAGACUACCUUAUGAUAUGUCUCAACCUUGACUUGUAAAUGCACCCUUUUGCAUGGGGGUGAUUGUAGAGAGACUCAAGGCCGCCAUGUGUUUUCUCAAAUGAGUUAGAUGGCUCAGGAAGCCACUGACACGGUUCCUGGAGGCAGGACCCUCUCAUUGACAUACACACUACUCCUUGCUGCAGGGCACUGUUCCACCUGGAUCCAGUUGCAAAGUUUGUUUGGAAAAGUUCUCUCUUAGUUCCACUGGAUUCUCAGGGAGCCCUCUGUGGCCUUUUGCUUUAUUUUGAGUGCUGUGUUUCUCUUUUAGGAAAGAGCAGCACUAUAGAAACUUGUGUUUUCCCAUAGCAUGUUAGGAGAGAAGCAUAGGUCUCUAUCCAAGCCUAGGGUGGGCUUCCAGUUGCCUUAAUAGAAGUACUCAAGUCUCUUGGGUAGAGAUCUGGAAGCCUACAGGAAAGGAGGGGUACAUGUCUUCAUUUGAAAACUUUUAUGAUUAAGGGAAUCUUUACAAACUGAUACCUUAAAUUUUAGUGCCAUGUGCUGUAGCUCACUGCUUUCCUGGGUGGAUGUGAUUCAUUACGGUAACUUAUGUGCUUCUUUGCCCCUAGCCAAGACCACCCUUCCACAAGAGGUUAGCUUUGGGACUGGAAGAUGAGAUUUUUGCUUAUGUAUAUUUCUGUAUAUACCUGUUUCAAGCAACUUCAUUGUUUUUGAUUGAUUUGUCUCUCAUAGCUCAGUAGCUGCUAAUAAAGAUCUCAUGUCCUGCUUUCUCUA